AUGUCGAACUGCUGGGCAUGGGGCGUGCAGCAGCGGCUGGCAAGUUCACCUUGUGCACCGCUUGUAACGCAGUACGUGAGCUGCUGCCGGCAGGCCGGAUGGGAUGCUCGCGAGAGACUGGACCAGAAAUUCGCAGUUCCAGAUGGAGGGGCUGAGGCCUUGCCGUGCGAGGGUGAACUCACGGAAUUGAGGCGCUGCUUGCCCACAGCGCUGUUGGGCGGCAAGGGCAGGCCGUUUGAGGCCUGCGAGCGUGAUUUUCGUGCGGUGGCCAUGCUUCCCGCAGAUGACGGCGAAAGUGAGAAGGCUCACAAUGUGUUGAGGCGUGGCUGGGCUUGCUUGAGACGGGCGUUUCAGCAGCCGGUGGACCAGCUUGUGGCCCAGACUGCUGCCGUGGGUGAGUGCCGUCCUGCAAUUCCAGUAAAGAACGCCGCGGGCAAAGGGCAUUGGACAUCCUAG